AAUUUAACUCUUUGCUUAUGGUGACCAGUGUCCAUUUCUAACAUUUAAAUUUAACCUUUUUAAUUGUCUUACCUUUUUUUUUGUGUUCUUUUGGUAUUUGGAACAUUUGAUUAAACCGGUAAUUCAAUUUGUUUGUCGAAGCAAAAUACAAACCGAAAGCUUUUUAUGCUUUGUGCUUUUUGUCUUACUAUUUGAAGAUAAAUCUCGUUUCCGUUUCCCAACCAUCAUCAUCACAAAUAUAAAACAUUUCUGAUACGUUUUGUAUCAUUUCUCUUAUUCAAUUGUUUUAGUUAACUAGAUUAUGACUUAAUUUAUAGUUCUUUCUGAACUACUUGACUACUCUAUGGAUUUCGGAACAUCAACGGCUUAAGGACCCCUCUUGAUCAUGGCUGCUGAUUCGACUGGUACGACUGGUGAAACUCCCGGACCUUCAACUUCAAUGGAAAAUAUCCCACCAACUUACGAUGAAGUCUUUCCUGCUCUCCCUGAGAGUUUUCCUAUAUCUUCCUCCGACAAGGUUGAGAUGAACGGAGGCUCAACUGCCCUUGUUAACUCUUUUAGACCCAAGCCAAUUCCCACUACGACUAAAUUAAAACCAAGCCAGAUAACGAAAGUUUAUAUUGUCUCUCCUGAAGAAAGACGCUUCAAAGAUAAUAAUGUCUUCAGAGAAAGAGAUCAAACUAAAAUAUGCCUUGAAAUUAUGCACGAAACAAACACCCGAAUUGAAAUGAGCAACUCUAAGGAUGGAAAAUUGACCUUCUUGAUUACUGGUAAAGAAGAAGCUUGUAUCUUGGCUAAGAAGAAAAUUGCUGAAGCGGUACAGAUGAAAGGUGAAAAAUUAGUCAGCAUUCCUAAAGAACAUCAUAAAUUUAUUCUUGGUAAAAAUGGUUUAAAGCUGAAAGAUUUGGAAGAAAGAACUGGAACUAGGAUCACUGUUCCUCGACAAGAUGAUACAUCUGAAGCUGUCAAAAUUGUUGGUACUAAGGAUGGAAUUGAUCGGGCAAUGCAUGAAAUACUCUCAGUCUCUCACGAAGCAAAUUCAAAAGCUGUUGAGAAGAUUAAAAUUCCCCGUUAUUUACAUCCUUUCAUCCGAGGUCCUUUUGAUGAAACAGUUAAUCAAAUUGCUGCAGAAACUGGUGCCCGAAUCGCUAUCCCACCCCAAGAAGCAAACGAUGAAACCAUUAAUAUCAUGGGUGACCCCAACUCGAUCGCUGCUGCCAAGGCUAAAAUCAUGGCAGUUUAUGAAGAAAAGAAAGUCAAAUGUACAUCUGUACCUAUGCAAGUUAAAAAGGCUCAGCACAAGUACAUCAUUGGUCGCGGUGGUAUAACUCAACGAGAAAUCUUCAAACAAACCGGAGUUUACGUGGAUAUCCCCCGUCAAGAUGAUGAAACUGAUACUGUCACUCUCUGGGGAGAACCUGAGAAAAUUGGACCCGCUUUAAGUGUACUUUGGGAGAAAGCUCAUAGUGAGGUGGAAGAAACCAUUGAAACCGAACCAUGGGUUCAUCGCCACAUUUUAGGUGCUAAAGGAACCAACUUCCAAGAAAUGAGUCAAAGCUUCAAUAAUAUAGUUCGAGUAACCUUUGAGAAUAAUGGUAUCGUUCGAAUGCGAGGUCCAAGAAAUGAUUUACCCAAUGCAAGAAAAAUUUUGGAAGAUGCAAUUGCCGAGAUUCAAAGUCGUAUCUCUGUGAUUAAACUUCAAAUUGAUCCAAAAUAUCAUCGAUUUAUUAUCGGUCAAAAAGGUAAACAGAUAACUCAAAUUCGGGAAGAAAGUAAAGCCCAAGUGCAUAUUCCUGACGAAUCUGACCAUAGUGCCUCAAGCGAUAUCAUUCGGAUCGAAGGUUCUGCUGAGGCAGUUAAAAAGGCCCAAGAAAUGUUGACAGCAAUAAUUGAUAAACAAAAAGAACGAGAAAAUGAAGUUACCAAGGAACUUGCAGUUGAACAACGUUUUCACCGGCAUUUUAUUGGUACAAAGGGUGAAGAAAUUAGAAAGAUCAGGGAUAUGUUUAACCAAGUUGCCAUUAACUUUCCUGAUCCAAGCUCCAAAAGUGACAAAGUCACAAUUCGUGGUUCUAAAAAUGAUGUUGAAAAGUGCUACAAGUUUUUAGCUCAAGAAACACAAAAUUUAUUAGUUAACAAUUAUCGUUUAGAAGUGCCUAUUUCCAAUCAAUUUUACAAAUUGUUUACUACUAAGGAGCGAGUUAAAAUACAGCAGAUGAGCAAAGAAACCAAUACUCGCGUCGAUCUACCGCCUAGCCAACCCAAUCAACCGGAAGCAAAACAACCAACCAGCCUUCCUCCUAUUAUCAUUUCUGGCAAGAAAGAUGAUGUUGAAAAAGCCAAAGAAAUGAUCAUACAGCUUCAAAAAGAAUUAGGAAAUCAUGUUCAGAUUGAUAUCUUCAUACCUGCUAAGUUUCAUAAUUCACUUAUCGGUAAAAAGGGUAGCCUCAUUAGAUCAAUUAGUGAUGAAUGUGGUGGUGUUACUAUCAACUUCCCCCCUGAAAAUUCCGGAAGCGAAAAAGUCUCAAUCAUUGGACCUAAAGAGAUGGUUGUAAAAGCAAAACAACAAUUGCUUGAAUUGAAAAAUGAGAAAGUUGAGAACAGUUUUGAAGUGGAAAUCAAAGCUAAACCCGAAUUACAUAGGUUCCUUAUUGGUAAAAAAGGUACCAAUAUCAAUAAAUUACGAACCAAAACCGGUGUGCGAAUCAUGUUCCCUGCUGAUGGGGACGAUGUUUCUGAUGGAUUAAUCACAAUUGUUGGUAAAAAAGAUGGUGUUCUCAAGGCUAAAGCUGAAUUGGAGGAAAUGAUUCAAGAUUUGGAAAAGAUUGUCGAAGAUACCGCUAAGAUUCCACCACAAUAUCAUGCCCAUUUCAAACGCAUUUCUGCUCAACGGCAGAUUAAGGAAGGAUUGGGUGAUUUACAGAUCACUUUUCCUAAAAGCAAUAAUAGCGAUGUUGUUAGUAUCAGAGGUUCCAAGGACUGUGUUGAAAUGGCAAAGACUCGUAUUACAGAAAUGGUUGGUGAUUUGGAAGCUCAAGUAACUAUGGAAGUAGUUAUUCCUCAAGUUUAUCACCGAAACAUCAUGGGUAAAGCAGGAAGAAAUGUUCAAAGUAUUCAAAGUGAGCAUAAAGUUGAAAUUCAAUUCCCUAAACGUGAUACUGGUGAUUCUAAAGAUGGUGUUCUGAAUGGUAAUGCUGAUGGUGAGGUAGCAGUUCAAGAUGAAGCACCUGAAACUCAAAGUAAUGAUAAGACAAAAGAAUCUGACAUAAUCGUAUUGAAGGGUCGAAAAGAGAACUGCGAAUCCGCUAAAAAUGCCCUUCUUGAAUCAAUUCCAGUUACUAAAGAAGUUGAAGUGCCUUUUAGUUUUCAUAGGUUUAUCAUUGGUCAAAAAGGAGCUAAUAUUAGAGAGAUGAAAGAAAAGUUUGAUGUUGACAUUUCUGUUCCUCCUUCUGACAAGCAAGAGGAUUCAAUUAAGGUCAAGGGAACCCGGUCUAACGUUGAGAUGGCCAUCGAAGCAAUAAAUGAGAAAGUACAAAAGCUUAAGGAUGAACAGUUGGAACGGGAUGCUAAAAAUUUCAAAUUGGAGAUACAAGUUGAUCCUGCUCACCAUCCUAAGAUUAUUGGAAAAGGUGGUAAAAUUGUUUCUAAAAUCCGAAAACAAUUUGAGGUUCAAAUCCAAUUCCCACCAGAAAAGAAAGACGAAGUUUCCGACAUUAUCUCAAUUAUUGGUUACGAAAAAAAUGCCGAAGCCGCUAAAGCAGCUAUCCUUGAUAUUGUUAGAAAAUUGGAAAACUCAACAUCUGAAGAGGUUGAAAUUGACGCUAAGGUACAUCGACGAUUAAUAGGUGCCCGAGGUAGAAAUAUCAAUAACAUUAUGAGUCAGUUUAAAGUUGAAGUUAAAUUCCCUAAGGAAAACAGUAGCAAUCCAAAUCUGGUCACUAUUUCGGGCGAACCUGAUAAUAUUGAAAGAGCAAGAGAGCAUUUACUCUCUCUUCAAGAUGACUAUCUUGAUGAUGUCGAGGAACAAUAUCGACCUCCUAGACAAUCCAACGAUGAAAAGGAAUACACACCAAGAGCUGACCCUGGCCGUGGAUUUUAUGUUAAAGGUGCACCUUGGGAACAAUCACAAAGUAUGCCUGAUACAUCUAAUUCUGAGGAAUUUCCAUCAAUGCUUGGCGAUGGUGGAUCAGAUACUUCUGAAUCACCUAAAUCUCGUGGAUGGGGCUUAUCAAGCAACCGAGUUGCUUCAUCCCUCUUGCAAAACUAACCUACUAAACGCAAUCUAAAGGGCAGUUGUAGCAAACAACACCAACACUCACACAAUCCUGAGGAAUAAUAUCAUUUUAUUUGCUUAAUGUUGAUUCGUCAAGAGACACUAAUGGGUUUAUAUACAUUUAAUUGUUGAUAGUGAUCAUCACCAAAAAAAACAUGUUUAUCAUCAAUAUAUUAAUAUUUGGGGGAGAAUUUGUGAACACAACUUUUCAAAAAGCUAAAAACACUUUUUGAAAAAACAGGCAGAGAAAAGAGUCAUCACACCUUUGCCUUGAGAUUUAAAACAAAUUAUUAUUUACAUCUUAAUAAUAUAAAUUUAUAUAUUCAAACAUCUAAAUCAUCAAAAAAACACCGUCAACGUCAACAACCAUCACACCAUCAACAAGAAAACUUGAAAAUAACACAAUUCAAUCGCGUAAUCAGAAAUCAGCAAGAAGAAAGAAAAAAUUACAACUAGGGCUUAAAGAAAAAGAUGAGAUUAAUCAAAGAGGAAAGAUUUUAGAUUGUGUUCAAUUUUUGAUUUAAUCAAUGAAAACUAACAAAAAAAUCAAAAAAAACAA